GACACAAGGGAGACAGAAGGAAUUAACUUUUUUCCCCGAGCUAUUGAGAAACGAACAGCCUAAGAAAAUAGUGUCGGACAGGAUGGGCUCCUCCCAAAGGAAGUCGAGAGCCGAGAUGGGGGAUGGGAAUCCUGGCUUCUCCCGGAAGUCUGGGCUGAAGGCGUUCGGCCGGGCCCGUGGGGUCCGAAAAGCUGGAUUGGGAAGGAGCUGGGGGCAGUGUCCGUGAAAAACUCAGACUUCCCGGGAGUCUAAACGGGUUGGGUUACGAGGGGUCUGGGGCUCAGGGACUGGGGGGUUGAUGGGACGAGGGAUCGCGAAUUUGAUGAUUUCGGGCUUCCGCAGAGGUGUCGGGGUCUGACGAACGCUCUGGAAGCCCGGGCCGCACCUGAAGAGUACCGGGUGGUAGACGGUCCGCGGCGGCAUGAAGAUGACCUGCGGACCGAACCGUGUACUGAUUUCCUGCCGGCGCUCGAGCUUGUCGCGCCGGAAGUCCGAGCCGCAGGUGGCAGCGGAACUGGUGGUCGCCUUGGCUGGGAUCUCAUAAUCCGGGGGCAAGUCUAGGUCCCAUUUGACCGAGGGCCUACAUGACUGUGUGGUCGCGUCUUCCACACUACAGGACAGGUUGGAAACCGGAGCCAGCUUGGGAAGCGUAAGUGAGUGCAGGAGGACGCGGAGAGAAUCCCAGAGGUCACCUCGGGGGGCGCUGUGCUUGUUUCUCGGGAGAUACGUAAGGGGAGGGGCCUCGGAGGCUGCGGACGGACGCAGUAGAAUUGUCCCUCGGUGGCCGCCUUGGUUUGACCAGGCGCGUCGUCGCCAUGGAGACGGGAUAGGCGGGCUGGAAUAGUCCGUAGAGCGCUAAACUGACCCUUUCUCGUCAAAGCCGGCAGUGGCACUGGCGUGAUCGUGGGGUGAGUAACCUCGUGACCUCAGCAUUGCUGCGCCGCGGCUCAGAGGCUGCGAUUUCUCUGAAGAUCCAGUACAGCCUAUUUCUCUCAUGGAGGUGAAACCACUGCUAUGGAAACCAAAGCGUUGGGCCGGUGGGGAUUAUGGCCCAGGGAUCCUGACUGAUCUCUCUCCCCCAAAGACCCUCUCGUGGGACUUCGCCGCACUGCUGCUACCUCAAUGAACCCCUCUAUCCUGCUCCAGGAGAAAGGUAGGAUGGGGGCCUUGACACCAACUGGAAACCAUUCCAGUGCCGAAUCUCGGGAAACCUACCUGACUCACCCCUAGGAGUGACGCCCGCAAACCUGUGGACCUUGUUACUUUAGUAACCCAGAAUUUAACCAACUAUCCUCAGUGUUCGCUGACUUUCCCCACAUACCAGUAUUAGAGGCCAGAAGGAGCAGCUUUCGGACCUUUCUGUGUUACCUUGAACAGGACUUCUGUCUGUGGAGCACUUUCCACCUGUGACAGUGGUGGUGUUAAUUUUCGACUCCAGUCCAACUAGGUUGCUUUGAAGAUCAAAUCAGAGGAGGGAUGUCAAAGUCUUCAUAGGCUGUCAAAUGGUAAAACUGAGUCGUUGCUGAGUUGCUGUUUCACUGCCUCUUUGUCCCUCAUGUGGAACUGUUCUCUAGCUCUGUAUCAUUUCUUAAGACAGUCUUUGCUACUCCAUAGCCUCUAGCCCGAAAGAAUCCUUGUUCCCUUAGGACCAACAACUCCUUGCAUUUUAACUUCCCUGACAACAGCAAGAAUUGUUACCCGUUUUAGAGGGCUUAUUCUGGCCAGGCCCCACAUUCAACAAACCCAUUAGCUGAUUAUCUUGUUUAAUCUUUACAACACCUUGUGUGGGUUUGUGUGUAUUACUGGAGACUGAACCCAGGGCCUUCACACUGAGCUUUAUCCUCAGUCCUUUUUUUAAAUUUAUUUUUUAUUUUGGCACAUGAUCUUUCUAAGUUGACCCAACUGGGCUUGACAUUUUGAUCCUCCUGCCUCAGCCUCCCAGAAUGCUAGUAUUACAGGUGUCAACAACUAUACGUGGUUUCACAACAUCCUUUCAAGGCCACAGAUAGUCUUGACAGCCAAACUAAGAACUGCAAUUUUAUCUUGACUGAGGGCAGCUUCUGAUAUAUAUUAAACAAAGGAACAAAGCUUUGGCUCCUCAUUUGUGCCUGAUGAAGACUGCCAUUUGGCCUGGAGAGCUUUCCAUGGACACAGCCUAGAAAAGAGAAAUAGGCCUCAGGUUUCACCAACUGCUGAUCCACUGCCUUGAUGACAUCACUCACGCGUGCCUUCCCAACCCAGUUCCGGCAGCCCUCAGUCAGUGGCCUCUCCCAGGUUACCAGGAGCCUGUAUAUCAGCAGUGGGGCAGCUGCUAACAAUAAGCUCCUGCUGUCCAGCAACCAGAUCACCACAGUCAUCAAUGUCUCAGUGGAGGUAGUGAACACCUUCUAUGAGAACAUCCAGUACAUGCAAGUGCCUGUGGCUGAUGCACCUAUCUCAUGUCUCUAUGACUUCUUUGACCCCAUUGCUGACCACAUCCAUUCAGUGGAGAUGAAAGAGGGCCGCACACUGCUGCAUUGUGCUGCUGGCGUGAGCCGCUCAGCUGCCCUGUGUCUUGCCUACCUCAUGAAGUACCAUGCCAUGUCCCUGCUAGAUGCCCACACAUGGACCAAGUCCUGCCGGCCCAUCAUCCGACCCAACAAUGGCUUUUGGGAACAGCUUAUCCACUAUGAGUUCCAGCUGUUUGGCAAGAAUACUGUGCACAUGGUCCCUUCCUCAAUGGGAGUGAUCCCAGACAUCUAUGAGAAGGAGGUUCACUCGAUGAUUCCACUGUGAGCCACCCUGCCAACGCCCUCACUGGGAUCAGCAGUAUAGAUUUGUUGUUGAUCCUUUUCCAAGAUCUGAACUUGAACACUAUACUUUUGUUGAUAUAAGAACAAACUAGAUGGUGCCUUUUGUAAGGGCAAGAAAAAAGAAAGGUUGCUACAGCUUUUAACCUUGUAAUCCAAAUCUUUAAAGACUAAACUCACUAAUUGUAAGUGAAGAUAAGUUUUCUACCCUGUGAGGGGUAAGUGAUGGCUACUGGCCAGAGGUGGGGUGAGCCGAGUGAUACUUUGGAUGAAGAGAUCAGAACCCAGUGCAUAGAACAGGCCUAGAAUCCUGCAGCCCACCGCAAGACUGACCAACCCAGAAAGGAGUCUGCCACAAUCCCACCUCCUUCAGAGCCUUAAGCAUCAUGGCAAACCCUGAGCUUCUCAGGGUAAGUACUGAUCUACUGGGUAAAUGACUUCCAGCCAUUUCCUGGAACCCUGUGGGCCUUGGGUGACUUCACAUCAACCUUUAUCACAUUGGCCCCACUCAAGUUUUCUAGAUAGGACUUAGAACAUAGUAUUCAAAGAAAGUAUUCCACUGUAUAAAAUUCAGAAAAAAAUUUUUUUUCCUGAGUGAUACUGUAUGGGGCAAGGUCUUAAUGAGCCCAUGGCAGUCCUCUACCAGUCUUUGAGGAAAGAAGGUGUUAAUUUUCUUCUUUGGGGCUCACAAGGAAAGCAAGCCUGACAUCAGACCUCAAAGGUUCCUCUCACAGGCGUUGGCUUGAAAAGUUGGAGCUGCAGACUGUGACCUAGCUCUGUCACCUUCUCUUCUUGUGACCUGGUGCAUCUGGGAGCCUCAGUGUCCUCAUCUGUGAAGACAGAACAAUUCCAUAGCACCAUACCUAGUGCAUGGUGCAUGUUUAGUGUAAAGAAAAGCUUUUAUACUGAAUGGUAUUCUGUUUGGCCCUGUUGCUCCCAGCUCAGCACAGUUAUCCUCAUGAAGACAUUUCUCCUGAGCACAGCCCUAUAUUGUUUACAAAGUAUUCUUCCAGAAAGCCACCCUCUUUGAGGCAAAAAAUGGUUUCAAUCCUACCUCAAAAGAGGUUUGAAGCCUUUUUAAAGUUCCCAUUGUGUCUAAUCCAGAGUGACCUAGGGGUUCUAAAGCAAGGGCAUGAUUCCAGCUCUCCCCAAAAGGCUUUGUUUAGAAUUGCUGGCCUUUAGAGCCACUAUUCCACUCUGACUCCCAGGAUUCACAGAGGCAUGUGUCAAAAGGACAAUCAGUGGAUGCCACCCAUAGGCCCUGGAGCCCAGGAUUGCUUCAGACCCCUCAGGGCCAUCAUCUGGUUUAAGACUAGCUAUUCUAAUCUAGAGCUUUUGAGAUGACACACAAGACAAACAAGCACAAGAGCUUCACUCUACGAUUUGACACUGAGCUGUGUGUCCAGAGGCCAGGUGCCCCUUCUCUUCAAACCUACCCACACCCUACUUUCAUAAAGGGAGUGAGUGCCCAGGGGCCCAGGGUGGGGGAGUCAGGGGAGAGGAAGGAAAAUCACUGUUCUAGGCCUGGUGUGGCAGAGCCACCACAGUAUGAUCAUUCUGGUAGAGAUCCAGGUAGAAAAUUUCUUCGAAGGCAUUUUUCAAAAGAACUUUAGUGGAUAUGUUUUUUCACUGUUUUAAAUUCUAAAUUAACAUAUUGUAUAAUUAACUUUUUGAUGUGCUGUUCUAUGAGGGUUUUUUUUUUUUUAAUUCUGUGAGUUGUAAGUUUUGCACAUGAUGUAAAUUCAGGACAUGGAGUAGUUCUGCCAUCCAAAAUAGCCAGGCAUGCUUCCCCACUGCAACCUCACAUAGACAAGUAUCCAGUCUCUAUCCCUAUAGCUUUGCCUUUUCCAGAAUGUCACAUAAAUAAUCAUAUGGAACAUAACCUGUGGGUUGUCUACUUUCACUCCGUGUACUGUCUUUGAGAUUCAGCUGUGCUGUGUUUAUGGUAUUUUGUAUGGGUAUAAAAUUCACCCAUUAAAGGAUAUUUGGAUUGUUUCCGGUUUGAGGUGAAUAUGAAUAAACCUAUAAAUAAAUACAGCUUGUGAA